AUGUCUUCAGUAAAUUCUUCAUCCACUACAAGAGAUCGCCUCGCGAAACAACGGGGAAUUCCCACAAGAUGCAAUUGCGGUGAGGCAGUGAAUCGUUUCACUUCAAAAACAAUUCAAAAUCCGGGAAGAUUAUUUCAUUGUUGUCCUUUGGGAUCUCAAAAGGACAAAACCCACUUGUUCAAAUGGACUGACAAGUCAGUUGUUGAGGAGAUUGAAGACUUCCAAGACCUGUUUGACGUGUUACUCGUUGACAAUUCCGAGUUUCAGAAAUCAGUGAGAGCUGGUGAGGCCAUGAUGACACGCCAUGAGAGUAGAAUUCAAGAGAUGGAAGAUGCAAUGUGCCAUUGCGAAGAGAAGACCUUGGAAUGCAUUAGGGAACUUAGGGGCAUAAAAGCUUUGUUUGUGUGUUGUUUGGUGAUGGUCUUCUUGUACCAUAUCUAUGCAUGA